CUGCUGGGAGAGGCUGGCCGGCGGCUCCUUCUGGGAGGGCGGGGGCCGGAUCCUGCCCCUUCGCCGCCGCCGCCUCGCCUCUCCCCGCCGCCCUCGCCAUGUCCGCCUUGGAGAAGCAGCUGCAGCUGGGCCGCCUGCCCCCUCGCCCGCCGGGACCCGCCGGGGGAAGCGGCCAGGCCCUCCCCAAGAUGCGCAUGGGGUACGCGAGGGGGAGAGAGAGGGGUGGGGUCGGGGUGGCGGGUGACGUCACGCGGGAGGGAGAUGACGUCACGCGGCGGGGGACCAGGGAGGUGGCGUGACGUCAUGCGGCUGGGGUGGGGAAGGGGGCGCCGAGUCCAGGAGGGGGCGUGGCUUUGGGGAGGAUGAAUGGGGCGGGGCGGGGUUUGCCCAGGGUUUAUUUAGGGGGUGGGUGGGGUGGGGGGAUUUUCCAGAACACGCGUGGGUGGGGAGUCUUUUUUGGGGAGAAUGAUUGUCUGCAAAAUGAAGGGGGACUCUGAAGGGGGGAGGAGGCCUCUUCUUUCAAUGGAAGCCUGGUGUGUGUGUCUGUCUCUUAACACACACACAUAUACAUUUAUAUGUAUACAUAUAUAUAUACGUAUGUGUGUGUGUGUGCAUGUAUGUAUGUAUAUAUAUAGAGAGAGAGUGGAUAAACGUGUAUAUAUGUGUUUAUGUGUAUCAUGGGGGUUUGACAUAACCCCACACUCCUCCAUUGUCCCCUGAGACAGACAGAUGCCAACAGCAAAUAGGGGUUAUGCGAUGUGUAAUAUGGGGGUGAGGGACGCGGGUGGCGCUGUGGGUUAAACCACAGAGCCUAGGACUUGCCGAUCAGAAGGUCGGCAGUUCGAAUCCCUGCGACGGGGUGAGCUCCCGUUGCUCGGUCCCUGCUCCUGCCCACCUAGCAGUUUGAAAGCACAUCAAAGUGCAAGUAGAUAAAUAGGUACCGCUCUGGCGGGAAGGUAAACGGCGUUUCCAUGCGCUGCUCUGGUUCUCCAGAAGCGGCUUAGUCAUGCUGUCCACAUGACCCGGAAGCUGUACGCAGGCUCCCUCGGACAAUAAAGUGAGAUGAGUGCGCAACCCCAGAGUCGUCCACAACUGGACCUAAUGGUCAGAGGUCCCUUUUCCUUUACAUAUAUACAAUGUGGAUAUGCGUGUAUAUAUGUAUGUGUGUAUCAUGGGGGUUUGCCAUAACCCCAGAGGCACACUCCUCCAUUGUCUCCUGAAACAGACAGAUCCCAACAGCAAAUAGGAGUUAUGUGAUGUGUAAUAUGGGGGGUGUGUGUUAUAUUAAUGAGGGGCCCAGUUCCAAAGGACAGGGCGGAAGUGUGUAAAAGUGCCUGCUUUGAAAGGGUGGAUAACAACAGUGUUCAUACGGUGUUUUCUGAAAUGCAUUGCGUGCAAAACAGCCCUGCAAGGUAGGCCACCCUAGUUCCCCACUUCCGCCCCCGCCCCCGUUGGCUGAGAGCGUACGAGAAAUAACCCUCACCCGCUCUACAAGGUUGGUUCAUGAGCACGACUGAAUUUAUGCAUUCAAGGAGGUGCUUUGGAGGCAGUAGUGCGCCCCGUAAAAAGCACUGCUCCUCGGUUGCAGACAUGGACAGAGGCCACCUGGGGAAUCCCAGGUUGACUGCUGCUUCUGGCCUUAUGCUGUGGGGUGUUGCAAUUUCUUCACCCUUACACAUAGGGUUUAAGGGGUCCUUUUUUUUGCCCGGUGAGAAAGGAUGGAGAAGGGGAUUCUCCUGGAAACUGAAGUCUGUCGUUUGUGAUGUGAAAGCUUAAUGCGCUUCUCUCUUCGUUGUAAAAAGGUAAAGGGUAAAGGGACCAUUAGGUCCAGUUGUGGCCGACUCUGGGGUUGCGGCGCUCAUCUCGCUUUAUUGGCCGAGGGAGCCGGCGUACAGCUUCUGGGUCAUGUGGCCAGCAUGACUAAGCCGCUUUCUGGCAAACCAGAGCAGCGCACGGAAAUGCCGUUUACCUUCCCGCCGGAGCGGUACCUAUUUAUCUACUUGCACUUUGUGCUUUUGAACUGCUAGGUUGGCAGGAGGUGGGACCGAGCAACGGGAGCUCACCCCGUCGCGGGGAUUCGAACCUCCGACCUUCUGAUCGGCAAGUCCUAGGCUCUGUGGUUUAACCCACAGCGCCACCCACGUCCCGUCAUUGUAUGUGUUGUAAAAAUCACAUUGCAAUAGGGGUAACCUCAAGGCAGCAACCAGCUCAGAGAAUUGGGGGGGGGGGAGGGGGUUUGUGCCUGAUCCUGAGCCGGGUGCAUGAGAUUCCAUCAGAGGUAGGUGAUGUUCAUCCAGCGCAAGCAAUGCAUGUGGGCUGUGAUGGAUGGCGGGGUGUGCCGUUUGCAAAAAGGAGGGACCUGAAUCCUACUUUCAAAGAGGUGGUGUUUGGGGGAAGGAGAGGACGGUGUUACCAUAUUGUGGCGCUUGCUGGCCAUUUGCCAGGGAAGGCUGGGUGGGGAAUCGCUGAAGGAAACCUGCUGUGCAUGGAAGAUGCAAAGCGACAGCGGAAGGCGUCUCUCGGGGAGGGGCCGUCGCUCGCUGCUCGAACACACCAUUUGCACGCAGGAAGUCCCAGGUCCACUCCCCAGUGAAAGCAAUAAAAAAACAACAACACUGGCAGCGGAGCCAGCCGAGAUCUCCGCCCGAGACUUUGCGGUGAGAACAGCUAAUCAGCCUGGACCAGCCUUCCCCUAGUCUUCAUGUUCUCCAGAUGUUUUCGACGCUUCACUCCCAGCAGCCUUGUCGGAGUCCAAAUCAUCUGGAGGGCACCAGGUUGGGGAAGCUUGCUCUGCACCACAUCUGGCUAUGCUUCUGGCAGAUCUGAGCAGCUUUUCGGAGGAAGGAGGCCACCUUGAGCUAAUAAUCUCAGCUUCUGUCUGCACGGUAAAAAUAAUGCUUGAGGCGAGACUGUUUUGGUGUUGCUGUAGGGAAGAAAUUAGGCAAGCGCCACUUUCCUGGCUGGAGUAGUUUCAGGUGAAGCUUCGGAAUACAGUCAUACCUCGGGUUACAGACGCUUCAGGCUGCGUUUUUUCGGGUUACGGACCCGCUGAAACCCGGAAGUACCGGAACAGGUUACUUCUGGGUUUCGCUGGUCGCACAUGCACAGAAGCGCUAAAUAGUGCUUUGCACAUGUGCAGAAGCACCGAAUCUCAUCCUGCGCAUGGCAGAGGCGCCUCUGCGGUUUGCGAACGCUGCGGGUUGUGAAUGUGCAUCCAGCACGGAUCACGUUCGCAACCCGAGCGCCCACUGUACAGUGGUACCUCGGGUUACAUACGCUUCAGGUUACAGACUCCGCUCACCCAGAAAUAGUUCUUCAGGUUAAGAACUUUGCUUCAGAAUGAGAACAGAAAUUGUGCUCCGGCGGCGCGGCAGCAGCAGGAGGCCCCAUUAGCUAAAGUGGUGCUUCAGGUUAAGAACAGUUUCAGGUUAAGAACGGACCUCCGGAACAAAUUAAGUACUUAACCUGAGGUACCACUGUAUCUGGUUGUGAGAGAAGGAGAUUUAGCCCCCAAACCUGUGUCCCUAUAAUCUCAUGGAACACCUUAUUUGUAUGGAAUGUGUUUGGCCUUCUCAGCCUCUGAUGCAUCCCACCAGCAGGGGAGAGGGCUCUUGUGUUCGAAUCCUGCUUGCAGGUUUCCCACAGGCAUCUGGUUGGCCGCCGUGGGAACAGGAUGCUGGACUAGAUGGGCCAUUGGUCAGAUCCAGCAUGUUGUUCUUAUGUACCCCCAACUCCCAUCAACCUAAGUCAGCAUGGAUAGCAGCCAGGGAUGAUGGGAGUUGUAGUCUGGCAACAUCUGGAAGGCUGCAGGUUGCUGGAUGUAGAUCAGGCAUAGGCGACCUCAUCCCUCCAGGUGUUUUGGGACUACAACUCCCAUGAUCCCUGGCUAACAGGACCAGUGGUCAGGGGUGAUGGGAAUUGUAGUCCCAAAACAUCUGGAGGGCCGAGGUUGCCUAUGCCUGAUGUAGAUCUUGUUGUUGUUGUUGUUUAGUCAUUCAGUCGUGUCCAACUCUUCGUCACCCCCUGGACCAGAGCACGCCAGGCACUCCUGUCUUCCACUGCCUCCUGCAGUUCGGUCAAACUCAUGCUGGUAGCUUCGAGAACACUGUCCAACCAUCUUGUCCUCUGUCGUCCCCUUGUCCUUGUGCCCUCCAUCUUUCCCAGCAUCAGGGUCUUUUCCAGGGAGCCUCAGCUUCAGGACCUGUCCUUCCAGUGAGCACUCAGGGCUGAUUUCCUUAAGAAUGGAGAGGUUUGAUCUUCUUGCAGUCCAUGGGACUCUUAAGAGUCUCCUCCAGCACCAGAAUUCAAAAGCAUCCAUUCUUCGGCGAUCAGCCUUCUUUAGGGUCCAGCUCUCACUUCCAUGUAGAUCUUAGUCUUCGUUAUAUUAAGUCCCAGGAUGAUUGUGAAAUGUCUGUGUGCCAGCCUGUGAUAUUACUUCUGUUGCCUGACUCCACCAUCCAUAAGUAUAGAUUUCUAAAGCUUUCUUUAGUAAAUAAAUGAAAUGUUGAGUUGCUGGCAAAAGAUGUGUUGUGAUGAAGCCUGGAUUAUUUUGUGGUACCCCAGGGGAAUCCAAUCUGUAAUGAAAGGAAUGGCCGUAACUUUCUUCUCCUUCUUUUAAAUUGCAAGAACGAGGCUGUCGUUGCACAUAAAGGGCCUUCCUGCACACAGCAAAAUACUUCUUAAGCCACCCAGGUGCAAUAUUUAAGCGUCGUGUCUCUGUUUUCCAGGCCUGGAAGGAAGCGCGAUUAUUCUGCUGUCCCGUGGAGCCAGUACUUCGAGUCCAUGGAGGAUGUUGUGGUUGAGAGCGACUCUGGCAAGGAUAUAUCCUUUUCCCCUCCUUUGUUAAAAAAAAUGCCUGAUUUAUAGGGUCCUCUGUUGCGCACGUAGCUGUAAGGCCACCUGUUUAGAAGCUGCCACCCUCCACUCAGUGUGGCUCCCGGCAGAUGGCCUUGGGUGGUGAUGUUUGCAAAAUGUUUCCCUGACUGAGCUCGCUUUGAGUGGCACUGAACCGAUUCAGUGCUGCCAAAGGACGUUGCCAAAGUCUUCUGGGCGUAAAAAAAUAAAAUAAUGUCCUGUUGACUGAGUGACGAUGUGUUCCUGGGAGGUGCAGGCGAUGUUGCAGCUUGCAUCUUAACUCGGAGGUCUUUCUCUUUUUAUUUUGAGAAGGUUACAAUGUCCUUAACUGUUCAUACACUUUUCGAAUUUACAAGAGUGGGUCCGAGGGUCCCGUCUUACUCCUUCUACACGGUGGAGGCCAUUCUGCCCUUUCCUGGGCUGUGUUUACCGUAAGUGAACAGCUGAUUGCACGUCUUUUCCUUUGGUUAAUAUUUCGUUGUUUACGGAGCCCCGUCUGCAUGCGAGGCGCCUUUACAGAAUAAACCCGGAAAACGUCCUUCGGGAUGAGAAUCCAUGUUGCGGCUUGAUGGCCGCAAGCAAAUGCGUUGUGGCUUUCCAGCACAAUUGCUGCCUUGUUUUUAAAGGCUAUGACGGAGAGCAGGGCACCUGCUGUGAGUGGAGAAGAGAAAACCAUACAUCGUAAAGACACCACAGUCUCCACUAACCUUUAUUCCAAGGAGGCAAGAUUGUUGAACCCCCUGGAAUCUUACCACUCUUGUGUUGGUGUGUAACACUAUACAGAGACACACACAUGAACCCCUCUCCGUCCAGGCAAGCAUAGAGGUAUUAUUGCGCUUCCAGGAGCCUUCUAGUCAAGCAGGAGCACAGAAUCCCACCCUUUUAACUCUGCGCUGCAUGAAACAGACUUUUCUUCAGUUUCUCCUGCAUCUACCAAUAUUGAGCUUCGUGGUGAGGGGCAUAUUUUUUCUGACUAAGCACCGGGAAGAACUUUGUGACGGCAACAGCCGUUUGAUAGAGGAAAAGGCCCCCUCAGAAGGCGGCAGGCUCUCCUUCGUUGGUGGUCUAAUAAUAAUAAUAAUACAGUGGUGCCUCGCAAGACGGAAAACCCACUAGACGAAAGGGUUUUCCGUUUUGGAGGUGCUUCGCAAAACGAAUUUCCUAUGUGCUUGCUUCGCAAGACGAAAAUGUCUUGCGAGUUCCUGCGGGGUUUUUUUCCUUUUCCCCCCCUUUUUCCCAAGCCGCUAAGCCACUUAUCAGCUGAUCUUUAAGCCGCUUAACAGCUGAUGGCUAAGCCGCUUAUCAGCUGAUCUUUAAGCCGCUUAACAGCUGAUGCUAAGCCGCUUAUCAGCUGAUCGUUAAGCCGCUUAUCAGCUGAUCUUUAAGCCGGCUAAGCCGCUAAUACUGUAGCGCUAAGCCGCUAAACCUCUAAUGGGCUUGCUUCGCAAGACGAAAAAACCCGCAAGACGAAGAGACUCCCGGAACGGAUUCUUUUCGUCUUGCGAGGCACCACUGUAAUAAUAAUAAUAAUAAUAAUAUAUUAUUUGUACCCGUCCUCAUCUGGCUGGGUAUUCCCAGCCACUCUGGGCAGCCUCCAACAGAAGGCCAAAAAUGCACUAAAACAUCAGCCAUUAAAAGCUUCCCAAAACAGGGCUGCCUUCAGAUGUCUUCUGAAUGUCAUAUAUUUGAAUUGAAUUUAUUACAGUCCCAGGCCAGACUCACAUACCGUACUAAACAAAUCAGAAACACAGUACUGUAAAAUUAAGUUUAAAUUAACGAUCAAUAUAAUGAUAAACAAUACAAUAACGGCAGUGGUUAAAACGUCAUAUGGUUGUUUAUUUCUUUGACAUCUGAUGGGGGGACGUUCCACAGGGUGGGCGCCACUACCAAGAAGGCCCUCUGCCUGGUUCCCUGUAACUUGGCUUCUCACAAUGAGGGAACCGCCAGAAGACCCUCAGAGCCGGACCUCCGUGUCCGGGCUGAACGAUGGGGGUGAAGACGCUCCUUCAGCUAUACUGGGCCGAGGCCGUUUAGGGCUUUAAAGGUCAGCACCAACACUUUGAAUUGUGCUCAGAAACGUACUGGGAGCCAGUGUAGGUCUUUCAAGACCGGUGUUAUGUGGUCUCAGCUGCAACCCCCAGUCACCGGUAGCUGCAGUUUCCGAGCUAGCUUCAAAGGUAUCCCCAUGUAGACCGCGUUGCAGUAGACCAAGCAGGAGGUAACAGAGAUUCGGUGAUCACCUUUCAGGGAUUCUGCAGCUGUGAUUCCUGCAUUGCAGCGGGUUGGACUAGAUGACUCUAGCAACCCCUUCUUCCAACUCUACAAUUCUAUAAGCUGCUGUUGCUGCCAGUUAAGCUAUCCCUGUUUCCCCCCCCUAACCUAGUGUCCUCAUUUGUUUUUUGACUACAACUCCCAUCAGCUCCAGCCAGAAGGGUCCCAGGUCUGGGAAGUCUAGGGUACUUGGACCAAUGGCCUCACUCUCCCCUGUAUCUCCUAGCAGAGCUAGGGGAGACUUGUCCUAAACUCUGGACAGCUGCUGCCAGCCAGGGUUGGCAAUACAGCUCUCAAUGGAACAAUGACCUGACUUGGUUGCAGGCGGCUUCCUGUUUGCUUGGACCACUGAUGGAAGCAGAACACUGCAUGGGAAAUCCGAUUCAGCAUGGCAUCCGAACUGGCUGAAGGCAGCAACCCUGUGUCCACUUUACCUGGGUAGCAAGCCACGAGAUUUUCGUCUGAGCAGACAUGCCCAGGUUUUCGCUGCUACCGACUUGCAGAAAUUCCCUCAACCCAGCCCCUGUUUGUCCUUCCUUGGAUUCCAGCAGCCCAGUAAAUUAAAAUAAGGGGAACCUGGAUCCUUCCAGGGGCCGUUGGACUCCAACUCCCAUCAGCCCCAGCCAACAUGGCCUGUGGGAUGAUGGGAGUUGGAGUUCCGCUACAUCCACAGGGCCACAGGCUCCCCAUCCCUGGCUUAAAAGUUGGAGAGCAUAAUGGUUUCCGCUGUUGCAGGCAUCCCUUCUCUCCUUGGCUCUUGGGAGCCUUUUCAACAGGCAUUCUCCGCCGCUGCCGGGUGCGCCUGGUUUUUUGCCACCCAGUCGAUUUUCCUGGAACAAAAGGCCUAUUUUUAAAACCCGCCUUGGAGCCUCAAUGCCGCUUAAUCACUGCAAUUCCAAAAAUAUGUUAUUUAGGUGGCAGGAACAAAUCACGAAGCGUCAUCGUCUUUGCAGCAGGGCUCUUAUUUUUCAUAAGUGUGCCUGGUGCAAAUCCCACCCCACCCUAAAACAGACUGGAGCUUUUUCCCUAUUUCCACCCUUCCGACUGAGAGUUCACACAUCUCCCCACCCAGUGCAAAGGAAACUUGGAUCACCUCCUAAAUCCGGGCUGCGGAUGGUCCAGGAAUCAGCCUGUUUUUACAUGAGUAGAAUGUGUCCUUUUAUUUAAAUUAAUCUCUGCUUGGUGUUUUUACAUGAGUAGAAUGUGUGCUUUUAUUUAAAAUGGGUUAUUUGUGGGGCAUAGGAAUUCGUUCAUAUUGCCCCCCCCCCCCACAAAAAAAAUAUAGUCCGGCCCCCCACAAGGUCUGAGGGACAGUGGAUCGGCCCCCUGCUGAAAAAGUUUGCUGACCCCUGACAUUUUGUCGUGCCUACUUGUUUCCAAAAUCUGUUAAAUUUGUUGGCGUUUUCUCAUGAAGAUUUAACACUAUGUAAUUGCAUGGAUGGUUUUUUUUAAAAAAAAAAUUGUUAAGCAGUACAUAUUGUUAAAAUACAGUGGUACCUCAGGUUACAUACGCUUCAGGUUACAUACGCUUCAGGUUACAGACUCCGCUAACCCAGAAAUAGUGCUUCAGGUUAAGAACUUUGCUUCAGGAUGAGAACAGAAAUCGUGCUCCGGCGGCGCGGCAGCAGCGGGAGGCCCCAUUAGCUAAAGUGGUGUUUCAGGUUAAGAACAGUUUCAGGUUAAGUGUGGACCUCCGGAAGGAAUUAAGUACUUAACCCAAGGUACCACUGUAAGUAAAAUAAAUGUUAAGACCUUCACACCAGGAGCUUUAAAUUUACUGGCGUUGCAUUGGAGCCGCAGACUGUGGCAUUUCCAGUAUGGCGUAUUGGUGAGAGUGUCAGAUUCGAACCUGGGAGAGACCAGGGUUCAAAUCCCCAUUUGGCCGUGAAGCUCACUGGGGGGGGGGCGGGGGCCGGACCUUAGAACGGUUCCCUGCCUCUCGGCCUACCUACCUCACCGGGUUGUUGUGGGUAUUAAAUGAGGAGGGGGAGAAGACCUACGUAUGCCACCUUGGGGAGGAAAUGGUCAUGAACAAAAUUUAUUCACCACAGAAUUCGGUUUCGGAAGCACCUCGGCUUUCGGAUUAAAUUUUUCACCAGGUUUCUAGCCCACCUAAUCCCGGCUGAACCUGUUGAAAUCUCUGAAGGCGGGGGGGGGGGGGCUGGGUGGCGUCUGUAGCACUCCAAGAGCCGUGCUUUUGUACAGUCAUACCUUGGGAUGAAUACUCUUCAGGUUAAGCAUUUUCGGGUUGCGCUCCCCGGCGACCCGGAAGUAACGGAACGUGUUACUUCCAGGUUUCGCUGCAUGCGCAGACGCUCAAAAUGAUGUCAUGCGCAGAAGCAGCGAAACGCGACCCACGCAUGCGCAGCCGCGUGUUACGUUCGCUUCUGGAUGCGAAUGGGGCUCUGGAACAGAUCCCGUUCACAUCCAGAGGUACCACUGUAUUCCCCCUUUUUUUUACUGCUCCCCCUGAUUAGCGAGAGCAGCUAAAAAACAAUACCAGGCAGUUAAAACCUGCAGAAUAAAUUAUUCUAAAGUGGAGGUGACACGCAUUGCAGGGGGUUGGACAAUUCUACAAUUCUAUGACUCAUGUUUACUUCUGCUUGGGUCUGCAGAAUUCAUUUUUUUCCUGCUCUGAGGAUGUGGGUCACCUUGUCCCGAUUUCAGCCUUUUCUUCUUUAAGUGGGUCGCCUUGUCCCCAUUGCACAGCCCCCUUCCACUACUUAAAAGACCAGAGGCCCCUCCGAGAGACUUGGCCUUCUCCCAGUCCCACUGUUUCCCCACUCUCUCUCCCAACCCACUUAGCUUCAUUCAUAUUCCUGGUGGGCCUCCUUGCUACUUUACGCUGCUCCAAGCUGCCUGCCCUCUUUGUCAAUGGGACCAGAGCGCUCCCUCUGGCCGGCAGCCCCUUCCCUUCCCAGCGGGCUUUCCAAACUGGCCGCAUCGCAAACAGUUGUCACGCAAUGUUCGUUCCUCACCUCGGCCGUCCAGAUGUUUUUGGCCUACAACUUCCAUGAUCCCUAGCUAGCAGGACCAGUGGUCAGAGAUGAUGGGAAUUGUAGUCUCAAAAAUAUCUGGAGUGCCAAGGUUGAGGAAGCCUGAUCUAGACCAACCCCCUGCAAUUCAGGGAUAUGUGUGUGUACUUUUACUUACAUUUUCACUGUUUAUGGUCACCUUAAUGCCUGAUCUUUUUAUAAUCAUUAUUUUUUAGUGGAUAUGUAGUUCAUAUUGUUCUAUAUAUAAAUAAAAUAAAUUUUUCUGUUUUUCAAUCUAAAAUAUUCAUUUUAGCAACCUUAAAAUUUCAAUUCUUCCCUUCUUCUCUUUCCAUGGUUCAUUUUGCAUAACAUAAAUCCCUGCAUAUUUUAUAUAAACCUUUCAGUAUUCCAUUAUUACAUCCAUCAAAACUUAUUUACACUGUUGAAUUUAUCUUAAUGCUGCCAGCAUUUUCAGGUGUACACAAUUCCCCCCAUAUAUUCAAUAAACGUUUUCCAGUCUUCUCUAGAUGUAUGUUCUUUUAUUCUGUAUGUCAGGUCUGCAAGCUACACAUAUUCCAUCAGUUUAAGUUGCCAUUCGUCUUUGGUUGGGACCUCUCUCAUUUUACAGUUUGGGGCUAACAAAACACAGAUCACAACAGUGGCAUACAUUAAUAUCCUUUUUUGACACCUGGGAAUUUCCACCUGAAUUAUCCUCAAAAGAAAGGACUCUGGUUUCUUUGGAAAAGUGCUUUUUAAACAUUUCCCCCCUCAAUUCAUUAUAAAUUAUUUCCCAAUAGUUCAUAUUGUACUUUUGUAAACGCCUUACAAGUAUGGGUGAUUAAGCCGUGUAUAAGCCCUGUUAAAUAAAACAGAUAAAUGAAAUCUUUUCCUUCCUUGCAGUCUGCCAUCAUCAGCCGUGUCCAGUGCCGGAUCGUGGCUUUGGAUCUGAGAGGACAUGGUAAGGAAUCCUUUCAGAAAUAAGAAGCGACUCUUUUUUCUUUUUUUUUGGUACUGCUGUGGGUUUUUCUUUCCACAGCCAACCACCCCCUCUACUCCCUGACCUUAAAUAUAAAUGGCAGUUCUCUCCGAAGGAUUCAUUAAAAGAUUAUAUCGAGCCAUCUAGACCCACCUAGUGUGGUUAAAUUAUUUUAUUCCAAAAACGUUUUACUCUGCCAUUCGCCCAAAAGGCUCUUGCGAUUGCCAAGACACAGGAAGUCUUUUUUUUAAAAAAAUGCACACAACAAUUCAAUAAAACAAGUAGACAUUAACAUUGCAAAAUGCAGGCAGCAGGUUGUUUUAAAUGAGACCACCUUGUGAGCCCUGGAAGACCCGCACCCUGCCUUGCUGGAACUUUCUCAUCUGGCCUGGGAGUGCGGACUGACUCCAGCUACAAAAGCUGUUGAACAGAUUCUUGGGCUGGUGUAUUUAUUCACGGGAGGUUGAGAGAGCUUGUUGCUGUUAUUGAUAUUAUUGCUGUAUCUUUAGUUUUAGAUCUUAGGAUUUACGUGGAAAUUGUUUCCAUUUGGUUGUGUGCUUUAUUUAUUGUUUAUGACUUCGGUAGUGUUUGUAAUUAUGUAAAUCUUGUCAUGUUGUAAGCCGCCUUGAGCAUUGUUUCAGUUAUGGAAAGGCGGUAUACAAAUAAAAUGAUGAUGGUGAUGAAUUUCAGGAACCAAAAUGUCAUAUUGAGAGUCAUAUUGUUAGAAUAAAGCAGCAUAUGAAUUUUGUCAAACGGAUCAAGUAAAAGAAAUCCGCUUUCCUUUGCAGGUGAGACGAAAGUUAGGAACCCAGAAGACCUCUCUGCGGAGACGAUGUCCAAGUAGGUUGUUCCGUAGUCUAGCCUUGCUGUGCUUGGUUUUCUCAGCCGUAUAGACAAAACCCAUUCCGAGGUGCCCUUGAUUUUGACGAGGACUUAAGGGUGAAGUUGGAAGACCUGAGACUGGCCCUUAAGCAUCCGUCAAAGCGAUAAAACUCUCUCCGUGCUAAAAAGUGUCCUGGCUCUGGGCAUUUGGCUGUCUGCCUAGCACAGGGGUCAACAAACUUUUUUUGGAGGGGACCGGCUCACUGUCCCCCCCCCCCACCUUGUGGCGGGCUGGACUGCGCACGCAGUGGAGGGGGCUUCUCUCUCUCUCCCCCAGCCCCUCCCCUCCCCCUGCCUACCUAUAGUGCUGCUGGUGCAAGGGCAGGCUGCUGGCUCUGGAGAGGUGCUGCGUUGCACUCUGCCAACCGCGGCUCCUGUGCCUCCCCUUGCGAGCGGCAGAGGCUGGCGGCGGCGGAGGGAUGAGCGGCCCAAAAGGGCUGGCUGGCUCCAGAGAGGUGCUGCCCCAAAUGGCGCUCAGCCAGCUCAGCCCAGCCCCCUUCCUCCUCUAGGCAGGGCAGGGAGAAGCCAGGAGGAGGGAGGGAGAAGGUGCCACGGUGUGUGAGAGGGAGAGGGGGGGAAAUGGCGGCGCAGGGGGAAAAAUUAAUGAAAAUUAACGAACAGAAUUCACACGAUCCAUGGACCUUCUCGCAGGCCAGAUCCUGGGGGCAAUUGGGCCAGAUCUGGCCUGCGGCCCAUAGUUUGCCGACCCCUGGCCUAGCAGUUCGAAAGCACACCAGUGCAAGUAGAUAAAUAGGUACCGCUGUGGCGGGAAGGUAAACGGCGUUUCUGUGCGCUCUGCUUUCCGUCAUGGUGUCCCGUUGCACCAGAAGCGGUUUAGUCCUGUUGGCCACAUGACCCAGAAAGCUGUCUGUGGACAAACGCCGGCUCCCUCGGCCUGAAAGCAAGAUGAGAGCCGCAACCCCAUAGUCGCCUUGGGCUGGACUUAAUCGUCCAGGGGUCCUUUACCUUUUACCUUACCUGGUCCUCAGCUGUAGCCCAACCGUUCUUAGGCCAGGCUCUUUGAAAUUCAGUCAUCAACCCACCCUGCAAAUUUAUUUUCUUGAGUCUCCAGCUUGGCAUAGCUGCCUUGCGAAGGUGACAGAGUCCUUCACGCUGGCAGGGACAUUUGCCUCCUUGCAGAGCGGCCAUCUGUGAAGUUUGCGACAUUUGUGUGUCAGCGUCGGGGUCUUGGAGAGAUCCCUUCUGCAAAGACUUUCUCCCGAUAGCGGCCUGGAGCGAGAGAUUUUGACAAAUGGCUGUAGCUAACUCGCUUAAAAAAAAUAAUCUAGCCUAUCUUUCAUCUGAGCAUCUUUCUGGACUAAAUCAAGGCAUCGGUUUUCCAAGGGCAAAGAGGGUUUUGUGUAAGAGAUACAAAUGCAGUAUCUUAAAUCCAACGUGGUACAGGUUUAUAGGGAGACAAUGGUGCUUUUGCCAACUUUUUCCAAAAAUCGGAACUGGAGAGGAUGUUUGCACUUAUCUAGUAUUUUUUUAUUUACCCCAUAUGCACAAGGGGUUGUGUUCCAUGUCAUUGCACAUUUGGUUGGAAAUCGGAAAUCCAUUUUAAAAAGCCUGCAGACACCCCAUUCGGCCUUUUAGUGUCGUUUCAGUGACGUCUUUGUGACGUUUCUGGGUCACUUCUGGGUUCAUGCUGUCCUCGGUCAUGCCUAAAAUGGGAGUUUUCUGUACAGUGGUACCUUGGUUCUCAAACUUAAUCUGUUCUGGAAGUCCGUUCCAAAACCAAAGUGCGAAGAGGUCGCCUUCCAACUGUUCACGGGUGUCAAGUUCCUGAGGAAGGUGAGGGAAAGCUGCUGUGGUCCCUCUUCUCCCUCGGAAGCAUAGGUGCUCAGGGAUGUUUAGCACCCCAGGACAGAAAAUGUGGGUGCCCUCGCUUGCCUCUCCCGCCAGGCUCUGCCUUCGUAUUAUACGAUGCAGGCUUUGGAAAACGCCCGUCGUUUUUGGGUGACGAUAAACAGGCCCUUGCUUCUGCCUCCUUGAAAGCAGCCAAACGAAAAAGAAUUACAGUGGUACCUUGGUUCUCAAACUUAAUCCAUUCCGGAAGUCCGUUCCAAAACCAAAACAUUCCAAAACCAAGGCGCGCUUCCCCGUAGAAAGUAAUGCAAAAUGGAUUAAUCCAUUCCAGACUUUUAAAAAUGACCCCUAAAACAGCAAUUUAACAUGAAUUUUACUAUCUAACGAGACCAUUGAUCUAUAAAAUGAAAGCAAUAAUCAAUGCACUGUACUAUGAAAUAAAUAAGACAGUAUUGUAGAUGAUAAAAAUUAAAAGUAUUUUGUUUUCUUACCUGCACUGAUGAUCGUCAUUGUUUGGAUGGGGGGCUUUUAUCCAUUUCCGCAGGCACACAAUCAGUCAGUAGCUGAACUGGGUUCCACACAGACAUAAAAACAAAUUAACCUGAAAAAACCUCAAAAACAAAAACGCAAAAUAAAUAGCAAAAAAAAAAAAGUGCCAAACUUAAUCCGUUCCAGAAGUCCGUUUGACUUUCAGAAUGUUUGAAAACCAAGGCGCAGCUUCUGAUUGGUGCAGGAAACAAUCGCCGACAGCCGCAUCGGACGUUCGGCUUCUGAAAAACGUUUGAAAACCGGAACACUUACUUCUGGGGUUUUUUUUUGUUUUUUUAAAUAAUGUUUAUUAAAAGUUUAGAAAUUACAGAAAAAAGAAAAAAACAAAGUUAAACAUAGCAAAGCAAUACAAUACAACACAUAUAAAACAGAAAACACUACUUAUCUUAACAAAACAAAAACAGAAACAAUUAAAAACACAUCCAAUAUUUCCAGAUCUUAUCUUUCAUUUACUUGUUUCGACGACCUCCUCACACCUCCCUUUUUUGUAUUCUAGUUCAAUUAGCUAUUUCAGCAAAUCCUUUCCAUCUUUCUCAGUUUUUGCCCCAUAAUUUAUCUUAACACAAUCUGACCUUAUUUUUUUCCCCUUUAGCCCAUUAACAGUCUAUUUUUAUUUAAUUCUUUAUAACAUUUCUGCUAAAGCCAUAUAACUUCAUUCCAGCAUCCUUCUAACAUUCAUUCACUUACUUCUGGGUUUUCGAUGUUUGGGAACCAAGGCAUUUGAGAACCAAGGGACCAUUGUAUUUGUAUGCUAAUUUAUAUGAAUGAAUCAGUCAUGAAUCAAUCAUCUAGUCCAACCCCCUUCAAUGCAGGAAUAUGCAGGUGGCCCAUAUGGGAAUCGAACCCACAACCUUGGCAUUGCCAGUGCCUUGCUGCAACCAGCUGAGCUGAAACAGUGGCUCCCAGCUCCCAGGAGCUCAAGGUGACAUGCAUGGUCCUCUGCCCUCGCACUGGAAGAUAGGCAGCUAACUUAUACAAAAGCAAACCGCGGCCAAUCUAGCUCUGUGUCUCCAACACCCCAGAGUUUCAGACACGCCUACCGGGAGAAGCGAAGGAUGUGUGCCUCUGAGCUCUGGCCCAUGCAAGUAAAUAAGCAAUCACUCAGGGGUUGAGCCGGAGACUCUUAAUCUCAGGGUUGCGGGUUCGAGCGCCACCUUGGGCGAAAACUUCCUGCAUUGCAGCGGGUUGGACUAGAUGGCCCUCGGGGUCCCUUCCGCUUCGACAGUUCUGUGAUUCCAAGUAUUGUCCUGUGUGCAAGGAGCAACCAGCUUGUGCCUUUCUUUUAUGCAGGGACGUCGGAAGCGUGGUGGAAGCCAUGUACGGGGACCUCGCCCCGCCCAUCAUGCUGAUUGGCCACAGCAUGGGCGGGGCUAUCGCCGUGCACACGGCAGCGUCCAACCUGGUGCCCAGUUUGCUGGGCCUCUGCAUGAUUGAUGUAGUGGAAGGUAAGAGUUGGCGUCACUUGGCGCUUGUUCCUUUGGUUCCUUUCCUAUUUCUCAGGCAUGUUUCCCUCCCCUUAUGGUUUUGAUUUAUUGGCUAUUUUAAAUUGCAUUUUAACCUUUAUUUUAAUAUUGCCCCCCCCUCUUUCCCCCCCCAUUAUGUUUUUACUGUGAUUUUAUUGGUGUCAGCCGCCCUGAGCCCGGCUCUGGCUGGGGAGGGCGGGGUAUAAAUAAAAUUUAUUAUUAUUAUUAUUAUUAUUAUUAUUAGUCUCGCUGCGGGACAUACAGUGGUGCCUCGCAAGACAAAAUUAAUCCGUUCCGCAAGUCUCUUCGUCUUGCGUUUUUUUCGUCUUGCGAAGCACGGCUAUUAGCUGCUUAGCGGCUUAGUGGCUAUUAGCGGCUUAGCGGCUAUUAACGGCUUAGCGGCUUUAAGAAAAAGGAAACAAACUCGCAAGAACUCACAAGACGUUUCGUCUUGUGAAGCAAGCCCAUAGGGAAAUUCGUCUUGCGGAACGACUCAAAAAACGGAAAACUCUUUCGUCUUGCGCGUUUUUCGUCUUGCGAGGCAUUCGUCUUGCGAGGUACCACUGUACUAGGCCAGCAUUUGCCUCUAUAUAGGCCGGCCUUUUGGGAAAACACCAGCUGCCACCCUUUCUCUUUUCUUUCCAUUAAAGCAAACCUCCAGGCAUGCCCAUAGCAGUUUUUCUCUUUCUUUUUGUGUUUUGUUUUUUUAUUCAGUUUUCUAUUUGACAAUUUAAAAUAGUCAUUAAACAACCUUAAAAUGUCAAUGACUUCCCUUCUUCUCUUUCCAUGGUUCAGUUUGCAUAUCGUAAACCCCUGCAUAUUUUACGUACACCGGGCACAUCCAACUCUCUUGAGACUACGAUCUGCACCCAGUAUAAUAAAACUGGCAGUUAUCUACCCAUUGUCGAACUUUUUUGGGGGGAGGAUUGCCCAUAGUUGUCAAGCUUUUUUAAGGGGGGAGUAGUGCACCCAGAAUUGUUCAGCUUUUUUGGGGUUAAGAACUUUGCUUCAGGAUGAGAACAGAAAUUGUGCUUCGGCAGCGCAGCGGCAGCGGGAGGCCCCAUUAGCUAAAGUGGUGCUUCAGGUUAAGAACAGUUUCAGGUUAAGAACGGACCUCUGGAACAAAUUAAGUACUUAACCUGAGGUACCACUGUACAUCCAUCAAAACUUGUUUACACUGUUGAAUUUAUCUUAAUGCUGCCAGCGUUUCCAAGUGCACACAGUUUCCCCCCAUAUAUUCAAUAAACGUUUUCCAGUCUUCUUUAGACGUAUGUUCUUGUUCUCUUAUUCUAUAUGUUAGGUCUGCAAAGCAUCUCAUAUUCUGUCGGCUUAAGUUGCCAUUCUUCUUUAGUUGGGACCUCAGCAGUUUUUCUAUUUAAAUCAUGAGGUCUAGAAACCUUUUUUUUUUAAAGCAAGUAAGUUUCUAGAUCUCAUGAUUCAAAAGGAAAAACUGCUAUGGGGGUAUAAGGAUAGGGGGACUAUGAAUGGGGCACCCUUGAUUUCAUCCCAGUCACAGUUAUGUAGGUUUGGAUAUCAUCUCUUCUGUAAAACACUGGUUUGCUUCAUGCCAGGUUUUCCCCCUUUCUUGUUCAUAGGCACAGCCAUGGAUGCCCUUAACAGCAUGCAGAAUUUCCUUCGGAGUCGCCCAAAGACAUUCAAAUCUCUGGAGAAUGCCAUUGAAUGGAGGUAAAGGGGAAAUUUUGGGCAUCUUACACAGCCCAUUGCAAAGGGAGCCCAUUUACAGUCUUCUCUACUAGGAAAGCGAUUCAUUCUCUCUCUGUCUCUCUCUAUCAAAUUUCCUAUUUUACAAUUUCAAGGAAGCAUUUUACAAACUUUAAGCUACCCAGUGACUUCCCUUCUUCUCUUUCCAUGGUUCAUUUUACAUAUCAUACACCCCUGAGUAUUUUACUAGUAAAGGGUAUUUCACUAGUAAAGGGUAAAGGGACCCCUGACCAUUAGGUCCAGUCGUGGCCGACUCUGGGGUUGUGGCGCUCAUCUCGCUUUAUUGGCCGAGGGAGCUGGCAUACAGCUUCCGGGUCAUGUGGCCAGCAUGACUAAGCCGCUUCUGGCGAACCAGAGCAGCGCACGGAAACGCCAUUUACCUUCCUGCCGGAGCGGUACCUAUUUACCUACUUGCACUUUGAUGUGCUUUCGAACUGCUAGGUGGGCAAGAGCAGGGACCGAGCAGCGGGAGUUCACCCCGUCGCAGGGAUUCGAACCACCGACCUUCUGAUCGGCAAGCCCAAGAGGGUCAGUGGUUUAACCCACAGCGCCACCCGUGUCCCUGAGUAUUUUACUAUAAGCAUUCAAAUCAGUUUUCCACUUGUACAUCCAUCAAAAAUGAUUUACUCUGUUGAAUUUAUCUUAAUGCUGCCAGCGUUUUCAGCUGCAUACAAUUAUUUUCCAGAUAUUCAAUAAAUGCUUUCCAGUCUUCUUUAAACGUAUGUUCUUGUUCUCUUAUUCUAUAUGUUAAAUAUGCAAGUUCUGCAUAUUCCGUCAACUUCAGUUGCCCACCCUCUUGAGUUGGGACCUCACUCACUUUCCAUUUUUGGGGCUAACGAACCACGGGCUGCAAUUGUUGCACACAUAAAUAACCUUUUCUGACACCUGGGAAUUUCAUUCUGGGUUAUCCCAAACAAAAAGGACUUUGUUUUUUGGGGGAAAGUAAUUUUAAACGUUUUUUUCAGUUCAGUAUAAAUAAUUUCCCAAUUUCCUUUUACCUUUUUACAUGUCCACCACAUGUGGAAGAACGUUCCUUCUACUUCUUUACACUUCCAACACUAAUCUGAUUCUGCUUUAUAAAUCUUAGCCAACCUACUCGGAGUUUACCAUCUGUGAAUCAUUUUCAAGUAGUUCUCUUUCAAUGAAUAGCAUGCUGUAAAUUUCUGGUUGCUUUUCCUAAGUUUCUCCCAGAGGUUAAGAUCUACGGUAUAUUAUGACCUAUAUUGCCCAUUGUAUCACUGAAGCUUUAACAAGCUCGUCUUUUGUUUCCCAUUCCAAUAAAAAAUUACACAUUUUAGACAAAGGUUUAAAUUUUGCAGGAGUUCUUUUUCAAAUUGCGAACUUUGGUCAAAAAAUCCAUUCUUUCUAUCUAAUUUAAAUGUAUCGUGUAACUGGUGAUACUGCAAACCAUCCGUAACUUGGCUCCUUAGGUUUUCCACUGGUUUUAUUUUGGGUUCCCCACUCUAUAAAAUCUAGCUGUUCCCUGUAGGGAAAGUGAUUCUUUGCUUGCUGAGCUCUGCUAAAAAGCAGCAGGCAGUAAGCAGGGUGGAUUUGAUUUAAAUCAAAUCGAUUUCAAUCACAAUUUAAAUCACUAGCCAGUAAGACUUGAUUUAAAUCUUUUUUUUUUUACAGAAAGACUCAUUCUUGCUGGUAGACUCUUCAUAUUUACAACCAGAUGAAGGUUUCAUUUUUGGAAUAAUAAAUUUUCAGAGUAGUUUUUACAGUUAUAUCAAAAAUUACUGAUUUGGCUAUACUAUUAGGAAUGCACUGACAGAUAAUUAUGCAAUUAUUGUGUGGUUUAAUAAGUAACUGUUUAUAUUUGGACAACUUUUCUGCUGUCCUUUAUUGGAAGGAGAAAAAUAACCAUUUCCUUAAUAACAAUUGAAACAAUUUAUUUAACUAAAACAAUAAUAUUAUAGCAUAUGUAUCCAUGUUUGUUAACUGAUGUGGUUAAAUGUUUUUUUUUAAAAAACGAACAAACCUUAGACUGAGUUUUAGCGCACAUGAAAAACUUAAAACAAAUUCUUAUUUCCUGAAGAAUAGCCUUUGGACUAUAAUGUAACUUAAAUAGAAAACGAUCUUUAGAAAGAUUUCCCCUCCAAAUGCAUUUUAUUUUUAAAAUCCAAAAAAUCCAUAAAAAUAAAAAUAAAUAAAUUGAUUUUUAUCCACUCUGGCACUAACUAACCCCCAUCUAAUGGCUGUUUCCUUUUCUCCUUCUCUAGCGUAAAGAGUGGACAGAUACGGAAUCUUGAAUCUGCCAGGGUUUCUAUGGUUGGCCAAGUCAAACAGUAAGUCGUGCCUUCUUCAGUUGCCUUUUAUCGCGUGCUUCUGCCCCGUUUUCAUACAUGGAUGUGUGAAAUGAUGGUGGGAGCUUCUCAUGGCUGUGACAUUCCCGCAGGAGCCGAUCUUCUGGGGUUUGGAUUGCAACUUAACAGGUGUGUGCUCUCCCUAAAAUUCCACUGAGGAACCCCAGUCAGGUAGUUUAGAUUUUUAUUUUCUUUGGGGGGGGUCCUGUAGAUAAUAAACAUCAAAGGCAGCAUAGGGUUACAGUGGUGCAUCGCAAGACGAAAUUAAUCCGUUCCGCGAGUCUCUUCGUCUUGCGGUUUUUUCGUCUUGCGAAGCACGGCUAUUAGCGGCUUAGCGGCUAUUAGCGGCUUAGCGGCUAUUAACGGCUUAGCGGCUAUUAACGGCUUAGCGGCUUUAAGAAAAAGGAAACAAACUCGCAAGAACUCGGAAGACGUUUCGUCUUGCGAAGCAAGCCCAUAGGGAAAUUCGUCUUGCGGAGCGACUCAAAAAACGGAAAACUCUUUCGUCUAGCGAGUUUUUCGUCUUGCGAGGCAUUCGUCUUGCGGGGCACCACUGUAUCAGGCACAGCAGAAGGAGCAAAAGGAAUUAUGCGGACAUUAUUUUUAAAAGGCACAACCAAAAAAUACUUUAACCGUACAUAGAAUUCUGACUCGGAACUUGCCUCCCCUUUGCCGGACAGCCCGGCACUGUGACUUUUCCUGAAGCUUAGUAGGAAUAUUGGGGGAGCGGGGCUUGAAAGCCAUGUUUUGAGUGGGACCACAUUGCGGUCUUCCAAAUCCAAACCUUUAUCUUUAAAUACUAUAUUUUUCACUCUAUAAGACGCACCAGACCAUAAGACGCACCUAGUUUUUGGAGGAGGAAAACAAGAAAAAAAACAUUCUGAAUCCCAGAAGCCAGAACAGCAAGAGGGAUCGCUGCGCAGUGAAAGCAGCGAUCCCUCUUGCUGUUCUGGCUUCUGGGAUAGCUGUGCAGCCUGCAUUCGCUCCAUAAGACGCACACACAUUUCCCCUUACUUUUUUGGAGGGGAAAAGUGAGUCUUAUGGAGCAAAAAAUAUGGUACUUCCAUGCCACUUAAUCCCUGUUACCCCAUUCUGGGAGAAAUUUUCCUUGGGGCUACAAGUACAGAGGCUCACACCACUUAUCCAGUUGGUCAGGCUUUAUUCAGUAAUGCUUUACGGGACAAAGACCAGAGAAUCUGUGAGAUCUUUGCAUUACAAUGCACUCUGUAUAGGAAAAAUAUACAUAUUCUGAGCUGUUCCAUCUAACUCUUCAUCCAACCACAGUCCUCGAAAAUCAACUUUACUCAACUGAUUUAUUUUUGCUGUACAGUCGUACCUUGGAAGGCGGAAUCCGUUCGACUUCCAAGGUAUGACUGUACAGCAAAAAUAAAUCAGUCCGUUCGACUUCCAAAACGUUCGGAAACCAAAGUGCAGUUUCGAAGCUCCUGCAGCCAAUCAGAAGCCCCGUCGGACGUUCGGCUUCCAAAAGAAUGUUCGAAAACCGAAACACUCACAAAUCAGUCUGGGAGCUAAUUUGUUCGGGAGCGAAGGAGUUUGAAAUCCAAGGUAUGACUGUAUUUGUUAGAACCCUCCCUGUACCUUAUCUGGAGUUGUUUUUCUCUCUAGCAUUCUGCUAUUAGGUUCCCCGCUCAACUGGCUUUUACCAGUUUUGUGGUCAGACUGCACUCUUGCGUCCGUGACGCUGGCCUCGCGGACGAUAAGAAUAAUAAAUUUUAUUUAUACCCCACCCUCCCCAGCCAAGGCCGGGCUCAGGGCGGCUAACAACCAAUAAUAAAAACAAGCUGAAUGAAUACAACUUAAAAACAAGAUUAAAAUACAACAUUAAAACAUUAAAAUACAGCCUCAUCACAGGAGGAGAAAGGAAAAAAGGAGGAGGGGGAGGGAAUCAAUGAGUUUUACAGAAAUCCCACAUCCUUGCCCGGGGAAGGAAGAAAGGCAUUCUGCCCCCGGGAUUCCGGAAACCAAAACUAAACAUUAUGGGACCUACAUCGGGUGUGAUAACUUCAGUUUCCUAUGUAACACGCUGGUAUUUCCCCCCGUCUCAUUAAGGCCAAGGUGGAGCGUUUCAAAUUGACUUGAGGGUCUUCUUGUCCAGGUCUCCUUCACUCCUUGUUGUUCCUUUGAACCAGGUGCGAAGGUGCAGCCAGCCCUGGAGGUCCCAAAACCAUCGUGGAGGGGAUCAUAGAGGAGGAGGAAGAGGAGGAGGAAGACGAAAAUGGAGAAUCGGUGAACAAAAGGAAGAAGGAUGAUGACACAGAGGUGAGGAAGGCAUCUUGUCAGGAUUGGGAGAAUAACUGUGGGCCUCUGGCUGUUGUCGGGCUGUCAGGCAGGGGUGAUGGGGUCGGAGUAUAGCAACAUCUAGAGAAUCACAGAUAUUCCCCAUCCCUGACCCACAGGCUGCCUCUUCCCUCUCUUUCCCCACAACCUCUGAAUUCUUCUUCAGCAGCAUAAUAAUAAUAAUAAUAAUAAUAAUAAUAAUAAUAAUAUAUUUGUUCCCCAGCCACUCUGGGCGGCUCCCAGCAGAAUAUUAAAAAUACGAUAAAAGAUCAAACAUUAAAAACUUCCCUAAACAGGGCUGCCUACAGAUGUCUGGUUAAAUACAGGACUGGUUAUGAUUUAUGAAGCCCUAUAUGGCUCAGGUCCAGGUUAUCUGAAGGACUGUAUUUCCCCAUAAGAACCUGCCCAAGUUUUGAGAACUUCCAAGGAUGCCCUUCAGGGAAAACAGGGUCUUCUCAGCAGUGGCUUCUCCCAGGCAACUUUGGAACUCCCUGCCUGGAAAAGUCAGACUGGCUCCCUCCUUGCUGUCCUCCUGCUAGCAAGUGAAGACCAAGAGGCUUUGGGGAACUGACUGUUUUGAAUGAAAACAGUCUCAUGGAUAUCAUAAUAAUGAUAAUAAUUUAUUAUUUAUACCCCGCCCAUGUGGCCGGGUUUCCCCAGCCACUCUGGGCGACUUCCAACAAAAUAUUAAAAAUCCAAGAAAACAUGAAACCUCAAAAACUUCCCUAAACAGGGCUGCCUUCAGAUGUCUUCUAAAAGUCAGAUAGUUGUUUAUUUCCUUGACAUCUGGUGGGAGGGUGUUCCACAGGGUGGGCACCACCACCAAGAAGGCCCUCUGCCUGGUUCUCUGCAACCUUGCUUCUCGCAGGGAGGGAACUGCCAGAAGGCCCUUGGAGCUGGACCUCAGUGUCCGGGCAGAAUGAUGGGGGUGGUGGAGACACUCCUUCAGGUAUACUGGGCAUAAGCCAUUUAGGGCUUUAUAGGUUCAAAUCCCCGUGACAGGGUGAGCUCUCGUUGCUCUGUCUUAGCUUCUGCCAAACUAGCAGUUUAAAAGCACACCUGUGCAACUAGAUAAAUAGGUACCGCGGCGGCGGGAAGGUGAACAGCAUUUCUGGGCGUUCUGGUUCAUAGCUGUCAACUUUCCCCUUUUCUUGUGAGGAAUCCUAUUCGGAAUAAGGGAAUUUCCCUUAAAAAAGGGGAAACGUUGUCAGCUAUGCUCUGAUUUCUGUCACGGUGUCCUGUCGUGCCAGAAGCAGUUUAGUCAUGCUGGCCACACGACCCGGAAGCUGUCUGUGGACAAACGCCGGCUCCCUCGGCCUGAAAGCGAGAUGAGCGCCACAACCCCAUAGUCUCCUUUGACUGGACUUAACCGUCCAGGGGUCCUUUACCUUUUACCCUUUAUAGGUCAACACCAACACUUUGAAUUGUGUUCGGAAUAAUAUUAACGGCAUCCUCCCCUCCUCUUACGCUUCCAUGGAUCCAGGCUGGGAUACAACAGGGCUGGGGCAAACAUUGCGGCCUUCUGGCACUUCCAGACUCUUAUCUCCCAUCAGCCUUGCCCCAACGGUCAGGGAUGAUGGGAGUUGUAGUCCUCCGGGAUCUGGCGGACUGCAACCCAAUGCUCGCAUGAUGCGUUUCUGGCAUUUUAAAGCGGACAUCUUCUGUCUCCCCUACGCCCUCCCCUGAAAAAAAGACCAAGAAGGAUGUGGCCUACACAUGGCGGAUUGAGCUGGCGAAAACGGAAACGUACUGGGAUGGCUGGUUCCGGGGCCUUUCGAACCUCUUCCUCAACUGCUCUGUUCCCAAGCUGCUGCUUUUGGCCGGUAAGUGUAUUUCUCUCUCUGCUUUCUUCUGCAAGCCCCACAAAGACACUCCGCCCCCCAAUUCCUUGUGGAGAUUCUCCUUGUCACUGCUCACAGGUCAGAUUGCCCUGGCUUUGUCUGCCCUGUGAGGGAGGAAGGGUGUUUUCUUUACAGGUAGCAUUCUGCAGCCAGGUACUGAGGCGUUCCCAAAGCAAAGGAAGGACUGAACUCUACAUUUUCUAAUUUGGCUUUCGGUGUCUUUUUUUUCAGUUGAUGGGCAGAGAAAACGUCCCUGAGCCCUGUGUCAAUUGUCCCCCAUCCUUAAUAAAACAGCAAUUCCAGCAAGUUCUGGAUUAUGCUUCGCCCCUUCUCUUCUCCUCCUCCACCCCCAUUUGCAGGAUUUCCAGCAGGGCAAAAUAACUUGAAACUUUUUUAAAAAAACCUUCUCAUCCUUCUCUCUCUUUCCCCCUGCCCUGGAAUCGUUUUUUAGGUGUCGACAGACUGGAUAAAGAUCUAACCAUCGGCCAGAUGCAAGGUAAAUAUGCUGACGUCCUGGGCUCUGAUUGGUUUCCAAGAGGAUCAGGGGGUUGCCUUUCGAGGGAUCUAACAGGAGGCAGGGAUGGUGGUAGCCAGUUCUGGAUAAUGUCAUUUAAACAAUGACCUCCGAUAGAUUGGCCCUUUGCUUCGCAAUUAGAGUUCUUAAAGCUGGGAGGUGGGGACGAGGGUGUUGUCUGAACGCAUGCUGUCCUUCCAAAGUGCUAUUUUUUAAUUGGGAUUAUUUUUUUUAAUUGGGAUUAUUUAAUUGGGAUUAUUUAAAGCAGGCACAUCCAACUCCCAAGAGACUGCAAUCUACUCACAGUAUAAAAGAACUGGCAGUGAUUUACCCAUUGUCAUUGAAGGAUUGAUCAGGGUUGUUGAGCUAUUUUUGGGGAGCCAGAGUUGUUGAGUUUGUUUUUUCCUGUUUGUUUUUAGUGGGGAUUUCUCAGGGGGUCCAAAGAAAGAUCAACCAGGAUUUAAUAAAUAUUAUAUUAAAACAAAAAACAAAGAUCGACCAGGGACAUAAAAACAAAGAUGGACCAGUAGAUCGCGAUCAACCUGUUGGGCAUGUCUGGUUUAAAGGAUCGAGACAAGUUCCUAGUCCUUAAGCCUGACCAGAUAUGUUUGGAAGUGCACUUAAUACCAAAAGCUUGGGAGGAAGCUGUACUGAAAUUUCUAUCGGUUGUGGGUGGGCUUUGGCACUCCUCCUGGGUGCUUUGCCCCACCCAAAAUGCAAAUUCCCGUAACUUCAUAGAAUCACAGAGUUGGAAGAGACCACAAGGGCCAUCGAGUCCAACCCCCUGCCAAGCAGGAAACACCAUCAGAGCACUCCUGACAUAUGGUUGUCAAGCCUCUGCUUAAAGACCUCCAAAGAAGGAGACUCCACCACACUCCUUGGCAGCAAAUUCCACUGUCGAACAGCUCUUACUGUCAGGAAGUUCUUCCUAAUGUUUAGGUGCAAUCUUCUUUCUUGUAGUUUGGAUCCAUUGCUCCGUGUCCGCUUCUCUGGAGCAGCAGAAAACAACCUUUCUCCCUCCUCUAUGUGACAUCCUUUUAUAUCUUUGAACAUGGCUAUCAUAUCACCCCUUAACCUCCUCUUCUCCAGGCUAAACAUGCCCAGCCCCUUAGCCGUUCCUCAUAAGGCAUCGUUUCCAGGCCUUUGACCAUUUUGGUUGCCCUCCUCUGGACACGUUCCAGUUUGUCAGUGUCCUUCUUGAACUGUGGUGCCCAGAACUGGACACAGUACUCCAGGUGAGGUCUGACCAGAGCAGAAUACAGUGGCACUAUUACUUCCCUUGAUCUAGAUGCUAUACUCCUAUUGAUGCAGCCCAGAAUUGCAUUGGCUUUUUUAGCUGCCGCUAAAAACUUCCAUGUAGACCAUUGCAGCAUUUGGGUUUGCGGAAUUGAGGCUGCCUCGGGGGCAGAGUGAGACUAGCUCCUGAGGCCUCUCAUGCAGAGAUUCCUCAGCUAAGCAGCUGCUGCUCCUCCCCCCAGGUGUGCUGGAGGAUGCUAGUGGGUCACACAGGGUCCCUGGACAUUUCACCGUCUAUUGAUAAUAAUAAUAAUAUCUUUAUUGUCAUUGCCCCCUUCGGGGACAACGAAAUUACUUGACUGCUCCAUAAAAACACUAAUUAAACAAUACAGUAUAAUACAGCAAGGGAGAUUAGAUGACUUUCAAAGUCCGGGCUUCCUAUUCAGGGCCGAGAUCGCUCUGGAGAAGAAGCUGUUCUUAAGACGGCUCGUUCUUGUCUUCAUCGUCCUGUAUCUCCGUCCCGACGGCAAGAGCUCGAAGAGACAGUGACCAGGAUGCGAUGGAUCUUUUACUAUGUCCAGUGCCUUCCUAUGGCACCUUGUGGCAUAAAUCUGCUCUAAGGUGGAGAGUGGGCAGCCAACAAUGCUCUCUGCUGCCUUAACAACCCUGCACAACCCCAUCCUGUCCUGGGUAGUACAGCUUCCGUACCACACACAUAAGCCAUAAGUGAGCACGCUCUCAAUGGCACAGUGAUAGAAGGCAAGCAGCAGUCUCUGCGGAAGAUGGUUUUUCCUUAGUAUUCUCAAAAAGUACAGUCUCUGCUGCGCCUUCUUCACAAGCCCCCUUGUGUUGACACUCCAGGACAGAUCCUCUUGUAAUUCAAUGCCCAAAAAUCUGAACGUUGUUACCCUCUCCACACAGACCCCAUCAAUCAAAAGUGGCUGGACGUUGCUCUUCUGUCUCCUGAAGUCCACCACUUCCCUGUGCCACCACUUUAUUUCUUGCUGCCACCACCCAGGCCCUACCUGGUGCAAUACUGAGUCCAGUCAGGGUUUACCGUAUUUUUUGCUCCAUAGGGUGCACAGGACCAUAGAGCGCACCUAGUUUUUAGGAGCUUUCUUUUUAGCCGCGGGGCUGGGGUGGGGGAAGCCCAAGCUUCCCCUGACCCCAGCCCCCAAAACAGGUCCAGGAGCGGCGGCAAGAUUGUGCGCAACCUCACCGCUGCUCCCGGAGCUUGCGGGGCUGGGGCAGGGGAAGCCCAAGCUUCCCCCGACCCCAGCCCCCAGAACAGGCUGCUAUCCGCAAGCCUUCGGAGCCCGGCAGGAACUCCCGCCGCGCUCAGAAGGCUUGUGGAUAGCUUCCUGAAGCCUGGAGAGCGAGUGGGGUGGGGGGGCACCCACCCCUCUCGCUCUGCAGGCUUCAGCGAAAGCUUGCAUUCGCUCCAUAGGACGCACACACAUUUCCCCUUCAUUUUUGGAGGGGGGAAAAGUGCGUCCUAUAGAGCAAAAAAUACGGUAAAUUUGAACAUAAACUUCUGUUUAUUUAUUGCAGUUUAACAAGUGUGUGGUUUCAUAAACGGUCUCGGUCAAUUACAAUCAUGGGGUGCCUAUCCAGACCUAUAACUUCUGCUACCUGCUCUCACUCACUAAACCACCUCUCAGAUAUUUCCUUGUCUUCCUAGCCCCUAACUGUUACUUAUCUUAUUUCGCUACACUAACUCAACCUACCCACAGAUUCUAUCCCAAUUCACUCCCACUCCAACCAACCACCCAACUCCCAACGAACUCCUCCCUUUGCCCCUCCCAGAGCUGGUUUUAUAAUCCCACUGACUCCACCCCCCUGGGUCCUGAUUGGGCAACCUGUUUCACUAUUUCUCCUCUAGCACUCAUGUGUUAACGUCCCAGUGGGGUCCAUUGUUGGUUCAGUCAGCUUUUGUAUGUGGGAUGCAGGGUGGCAUCCGUCUAGAGUGGUACCUUGGUUCUCAAACUUAAUCCGUUCUGGACGUCCGUUCCAAAACCAAAGUGUUCCAAAACCAAGGUGUGCUUUCCUAUAGAAAGCAAUGCAAAAGGGAUUAAUCCGUUCCAGAUUUAACAACCACUAAAACAGCAAUUUAACGUGAGUUUUACUAUCUAACGUGACCACUGAUCCAUAUAUUGAAAGCAGUAAUCAAUGUUCUGUACUAUAAAAUAAAUAAGACAGUAUUGUAGAUGAUAAAAAAUAAAAUUAUUAUUUUUUCUUACCUGUACUGAUGAUAGUCAUUGUUCGUCCUGUGAACCAAUGCAAGAUUUUAAGUAGGUACAGUGGUACUUUGGUUCUCAAACUUAAACCGUUCUGGAAGUCUAUUCUGAAACCAAAGCAUUCCAAAACCAAGGCACGCUUUCCCGUAGAAAGUAAUGCAAAAGGGAUUAAUCAUAGAAUCAUAGAGUUGGAAGAGACCACAAGGGCCAUCGAGUCCAACCCCCUGCCAAGCAGGAAACACCAUCCCAGACUUUUAAAAACAACCCCUAAAACAGCAAUUUAACAUGGAUUUUACUAUCUAACGACACCAUUGAUCCAUAAAAAUGAAAGCAAUAAACAAGGUACUGCAGUCACACAAUCAAUCAGUAGCUGAACUGGGUUCCACGCAGUCACAAAAAAAGAGCUGCAAAAACAAAAGCGCAAAAUAAAUAGCAAAAACAGACAGACCUCGGUGUAACACUCAAAACGGAAGUGUGGCACUCAAAACGGAGCAUGUUCGGCUUCUGAAAAAAGUUUGCAAACCGGAACACACACUUCUGGGUUUGCGGUGUUUGGGUUCCAAGUUGUCUGAGUACCAAGGUGUUUGAGAAACAAGGUGUUUGAGAACCAAGGUGUUUGAGAACCAAGGUACUGCUGCACUUUACCUUGGGAGGAAAAAACCAUGUCUUGGGCUGCCGCCGCCUUCUCCCUGCCUAUGAACCAUGGAGUCAAAAGCAGAAGGCCGGGAGCAAAGGAUUCUGGGAGUCCUGCCUCACCCUCUCUUGCCCCCUUGCAGGGAAAUUCCAGAUGCAAGUUCUUCCGCAGUGCGGCCACGCAGUCCACGAAGACGCUCCGGACAAAGUGAGUGACGUUUUGGAGCAGCUGGGGCUUUGAGGGCAGAAUUCCAGUCUGCUCCCUUGGGUUUUGUUUUUUGUUUUUUGCAAAAUGUAUUUAUUUAUUAUUUAUACCCUGCUUGAGGGGGAGGGGGGUAAAAAAAUAACCCCAGCAACCUCAAAGCGGUCAACAACAACAACAAAAAAGAUAAAACCAUAAAAUUAUCCCUGAGAAAAGUCAGCAACGGUAAUUUAAGACAUUCAGAAAGAGUUAACGGAUCACGAAACCCCGCCAGAUGAGCGGGGUAUAAAUAAUAAAUUGUAUAAUUGUUAUUAUGACUUGCAUCAACUUUCCAAGCAGCCGGGUCGCCUUGUUUUUAGCAGGUGCCGAAAACAGUACAGUCGUACCUUGGUUUUCCAAUGCCUUGGGAGUCGAAACAUUUUGGCUCCCAAAUGAUCAAAAACCGGAAGUGAUUGUUCUGGUUUUCGAACGUUGUUUGGAACCUGAAUGUCCAAUGCGACUUCCGUGGCUUCCGAUUGGCUGCAGGAGCUUCCCACAGCUAAUCGGAAGCCGUGCCUUGGUUCCUGAACAUUUUGGAAGUCGAACAGACCUCCGGAAUGGAUUCCGUUCGACUUCUAAGGUACGUCUGUACAGUGAAAGCUCUGCCUGAUAUCAAAAGGCAGGGAGUUCCGAUGUGUAAGAGCAGCGGCAGCAAAAGAUUGAGUUCUUACAAAUACAGAGUAGGUGUUAUGGGACACCUGUAGCAACGCCAUUUGCAGCAGUCAGGUGGGCACAAGCGGGGCAAGGCGAUCUUGCAGGUAAACUGAUCCCAAGUUGUUAAGGGUUUUGUAUGCUAAGAGCAGGGACGCGGGUGGUGCUGUGGGUUAAACCACAGAGCCUAGGACUUGCUGAUCAGAAGGUCGGCGGUUCGAAUCCCCGCGACGGGGUGAGCUCCCGUUGCUCAGUCCCUGCUUCUGCCAAGCCAGCAGUUCGAAAGCACAUCAAAGUGCAAGUAGAUAAAUAGGUACCGCUCCAGCAGGAAGGUAAACAGCAUUUCCGUGCGCUGCUCUGGUUCGCCGGAAGCGGCUUAGUCAUGCUGGCCACAUGAUCUGAAAGCUGUACGCCGGCUCCCUCGGCCAAUAAAGUGAGAUGAGCACCGCAACCCCAGAGUCGGUCACGACUGGACCUAAUGGUCACGGGUCCCUUUACCCUUUACCUUUUAUGCUAAGAGCUACACCUUAAACCUGGCCCUGUAGCGACCUCUGAAGUGUUUUAUAUUUGCUGUUAGCAACCCUGAGCCCGGUUUUUAAAUCGGGAAGGGCAGGGUAUAAAUAAAAAUAUUAUUAUUGUUGUUGUUAUUAUUAUUAUUAUUAUUAUUAUUAUUAUUAUCAUCUGUCUAACUGACCUGUUGCUUCCGUUGAGCAUGUGCUGCCAAGCAGAAGGGUUAAGGAGGGGUGCAGAAUAUUUGUUUGUUUGUUUUAGAUUUAUAAACAGACCUCCAUUGGAAGAUCUCUGUGUCAUUCACUAGAUGAGGGUGAUGAUGAUGAUGAUGAUGAUAAUAAUUUAUUAUUUAUACCCCACCCAUCUGGCUGGGCUUCCCCAGCCACUCUGGGCUGCUUCCAACAGCAUAUUAAAAUACAAUAAUGCAUCAAACAUUAAAAGCUUCCCUAAACAAGGCUACCUUCAGAUGUCUUCUAAAAUUCUGGUAGUUGUUCUCUUUGACAUCUGGUGGGAGGGCGUUCCACAGGGCGGGUGCCACUACCGAGAAGGCCCUCUGCCUGGUUCCCUGUAACCUCACUUCUCACAGGGAGGGAACCGUCUGAAGGCCCUCAGAGGUGGACCUCAGCGUCUGGGCAGAACGAUGAGGGUGGAGACGCUCCUUCAGGUCUACUGGGCCUUUGAGGCUGUUUAGGGCUUUGAAGAUCAGCACCAACACUUUGAAUUGUGCUCGGAAACGUACUGGGAGCCAGUGUAGGUCUUUCAAGUGUUAUGUGGUCUCAGCCGCCGCUCCCAGUCACCAGUCUAGCUACCGCUAGAUGAAAACACAAAUAGUUAAAACACAAUAGCAUCCGCCUCCUGCAAACACUGUAGAAUAUUAAUCAAUUAAUCAAUAAAUUAAUUUAUAUGGUGCCCUUGAUAGUCUGCAGGGAGGCAGGGCUUAUUCAGGGCUCCCUUCGCAUGCAAGACUUUCCGUUCUCUCUUUUAACAUCUCCAGACGCUCUCUUCCAGGUUGCCGAAGCCGUCGCCACGUUCCUGAUCCGUCACAGGUUUACAGAGCCCAUCGGUGGAUUCCAAUGGUGAGGUUCGUCGGGCAAAAGCAGCCCCAGGCUGGUCUCUUCACUUGCACAAAAGUCGCCCAUGUGGCGCUGUUCCUGCCCUCCUGAAAUACAACGGGGUGGGGGGGGAGUUUCCUGCAAUGCCUGAAAAAAGAAAAUGCAUUAUUAUCACAUCUGACUGAACUCCAAAGUUCACUUAUUAUCUUGCCCAGAUAGCACUGAUCGGAUGGAAAUAGUUGUGCAGGUCAAACUGUUACUGAGCCAGGUGGCUGCUCGGUUUUAGCUGAGCUCACUAUUACAGUGGUACCUCGGGUUACAGACGCUUCAGGUUAAAGACGCUUCAAGUUACAGACUCCGCUAACCCAGAAAUAGUACCUUAGGUUAAGAACUUUGCUUCAGGAUGAGAACCGAAAUUGCGCGGCGGCAGCGGGAGGCUCCAUUAGCUAUAAAGUGGUACCUCAGGUUAAGAACAGUUUCAGGUUAAUAACGGACCUCCGGAACGAAUUAAGUACUUAACCCCAGGUACCACUGUACUGGCUUGUGGAGAUGCUUUGCAUGUAUUUAUGACCAGUUCCGCAAAACUGCUACUUGAAGAAAUCCCAAACUUAAUAUUUUUGAACUUCAAACGGAGCUCAGAAUCCAGUUAGACAAUCAAGCCUUUGCAGUUGAAUUAGGAGGCACUGAGAGACGGCAAUUUGCUGCUUUAAAGCGAGCCGGGGAGGAGGGAAGGAAGGGGAGCCAUUGUGGUGUAGUGGUUAAGAGCAGUUACCUCGUAAUCUGGUGAACCGGGUUCGCUUCCUCGCUCCUCCACAUGCAGCUGCUGGGUGACCUUGGGCUAGUCACACUUCUCUGAAGUCUCUCAGCCCCACUCACCUCACAGAGUGUUUGUUGUGGGGGAAGAAGGGAAAGGAGAAUGUUAGCCACUUUAAGACUCCUUAGGGUAGUGAUAAAGCGGGAUAUCAAAUCCAAACUCUUCUUCUUCUUCCCAAACCUUCCCGGGGCUUCAGGGGAAAGGGGAAGCCGCCAACACCCUGGGAGGGCAGGGCAACGGCGCGCGCCACACUCGGGCGAUUUGGCUCCAAGGACCACACAUUUGCUCCGUAAGACGCACAGACAUUUCCCCUUACAGUGGUAGCGCUGGAUGUGAACGGGAUCCGUUCCGGAGCCCCGUUCUCAUCCUGAAGCGAACGUAAGACACGUCUGGAUGUGCGCGGGUCACGUUUCGCUGCUUCCGCGCAUGCGUGUGACGUCAUUUUGAGAGUCUGCGCGAGCGGCGAAACCCAGAAGUAACACACUCCGUUACUUCUGGGUCGCCGCGGAGCAUAACCCGAAAACAUUUAAGCUGAAGCAUAUUCAUCCCGAGGUAUGACUGUACUUUUUGGGAAGGAAAAGGUGUGUCUUAUGGAGCGAAAAAUACGGUAUACACCUGUUGCUUGUGGGCGACUGGGCGAAACCAGGACGGGCCCGUCUCAUUCUCACAAGUGGGGAGCAAGUAUUACGUGGUGCCUGUGACCCGUUGCUUGAGUGUGCAGGGGCUGGCUGGCUCGGGCUGCUCUGAGUUUACCUCUCUUUCUCUCUUCCUCCACAGUGUUUUUCCUGCUUGUUAAUGCCCCGACGGUCCUCCCGGCACCGACUCCCCUUGUAAAUAAACCUGCACCAGAGGGCUGUGGUGUUUUCUGUCUCCUCCUCGGCCGUCCCUUUCAGUUGCCAACUCGGACCAACUGGCUCCAGGGCCCAGUCCGUGGCCAGACCUUCUGCCGCCGGACCCCCAACCUGGUCCGUCCCCAGAUCGGGGGAGGGGGGCCUCCUUCCCGUCGCCCUGAAGGAAGUAAGCCGGCUCUCUGCGAAAUCACGGGUGGAUGCGAAGGAUUCUCUGCGCAGCCCCUCCUGGAAGUUUUAGGAAAUCCUUGGCCCGGACGGACCCCAUCGAAGCCCCUCUCCCCCUUUGGUUUUUCUUAAGCAUGCAGGAUCCCGUCAUUUCAAAGCUGGGCUCUCCGCUUCGCUCCUCCAGAGCAGGGCUUUCAUUUUUGGGUUGCUUGGGCCAAUCUUCCUCCCACCCUCUUCCUCCUGGCGACUUCUCAGUAGUGCAGGCUGCCAAGAUGCGUAGAAAUCUGAAACGCAUCUCUCCAUCCGUGGCUUGUGGCCUGUCGCCUCCUUGACCGACCUCCUGCGUUUGCGUUCCCCAGCGAACGGGGGCUGCGUUUCGGUUUGGUUAACACACCUGCGUCCGCCAAGGGGAUUCAGGAAAGGAGCUGAAAUGCAGGGGGGUUUUCUGAGGUUUCCCCAAGCCUGAUGUUUGAGAGCCCAGCGUGGCAGGUUCUCCAGAUGUUCCCUGCUGGCCAGUGGCAUUGAAACAGCUGCCAGAAUUGGGCAGUUCAGAUUCACACGGUGCUAUGCAGUCGCGCCAACCAUCAGCAAGCAAGAAGAGGGCAGGGGGCGGUGUCGUUUUAGGAUUACAGAAAUGGAGGCGGGGAGCCAGCCAUUCCUUUGCUUCAGGGCUGCAAACGACGGUUUGGGCAUCCUUCAGCUAAAUUUCAAGGAAGCAACCCCUAGAAUUAAAGCGCCUUUAUGGCCCUUGUCAGUUCUGGCGCUCUGGUGGGGAUAACGUCCUAGAGCCCAGACCUCUGUGUAUCUGAGGAGGUGUUUCCCAUGCGUUCGCACUUCCAAGCCUCGGUUAAGAACAGGAGAGUUGCUCCCCUGAGCAAUAUUUUCAAUACUAGGGGAGAGAGAGAGGAGAAUAUUUGCAUUGGGCUUUGGGGUCUGUGCCUCUUAGCGGCAGAGAUAAAGGCUGUGUCAGGAGCCUUGAUAGUUUUCACUGCGUGCUGCAGUCAAAUCCUUCUCCGCCUUCUCUUGCAAACAAAAAACAAAAAAACAGGUGAAGAGAAGCAACGUGAAAUAUUACACAGCAAGCAAGGAGGAGAGACUUAGGGAAAUAUCCCCAGCCAUCCCCUGGGAACUUCUCUUGCAAACUCCUUGUGCUGCUCCUGUUCUGUUCAGAGGGGUGUUGGCCAGAGACCUUCUUGGUGGAUCGGGCCCAGUCAGGACCAGAAAAUCCAAACCCUUUGCCAGAUUUGGGGGGGGGGGGGGUUGGUUUUGUGCCUAUGUCCCAAGCUGAGUAAGGGAGGCUAUGACUUCUUCCUCAUGCAGGAAAGAUGAGCAAGGCAUGUUGGAAGACGCACCCUGCACAUUGAUGCCCUGAACGUUUUCCGGUUGGAAAAGUUUCUGGAAUUUAAUGCGUAGUCACAGCCCUGCCCAAAAAAAUAAAUCUCUGUUUGAGCAGCCUGCCCUUGCGGUCUCUUGCCUUCUCUGCCACAAUGGCCCUCGCUUCUAAGAUGGGAGCCCCCCAUUCUGCUCCAUGGACUGGAGGAAAAAAACCCCAAACUCGCACGGUUGUUGCCCCAUCUCCGGAAAUGGCGCCCAGACCCCGAGCACCACCUGGAAUGGGGAGCCAGGAGAGGAGGAACCCUCCCAGUGCAGUUUCCAAGUUUCCACCAACACUUCCCGGUCGCCUUUGUUUUCCCCCCUGCUUAGGUCUGGCAGUGGUACCCAAGGAUGCUCUCGUCUUACUGGGGAGCAGCCCAAAAUUAAGGGGCCGCCUCUGGAAGUCGGACGGGCGAACCUGACCCAGCUGCGUCCCUUGUUUUGGCAGGGAGGGCUCUAUUUUUUUCCCCUUUCAAAUUUUUCUGGGGGUAUUCCCUUCCUUCCCUUGGAUAAUCACUCACUCAGAUGUUUAGGAUGCCGGUGCUUCCAUUGGCUGGGGCGGGGUCUCCUGUCUUCCCCCUCUUCUCCUGGCUUUUGAAUGAGCUGCCUUGGAAAGAGGUUGCCCAUCUGCCUGCGCAUUCAAUGCCAAUUUUUGCCAAUUUGGUGGUUUUCUUUGAACCAGUUUGAAAAACGAUCUCCCAUGGCGUAUGCAGCAUAUAUCACAAAACUCAACGCAGAGUCGCCAGGUGACGGUCCCCCUUCGGUUAGGUACUCUGUCUGUGGGUCACUUGCUACAUUCGGGGGCUGGGAAGCGUCCCUAGAUUCUCCCGCACCCCCACCCCCGCCACGAACACUCCUUCCCACCCCAAACUCUGAACCUUCAGCAUAAUUUUCUUCCCCUUUUCUGGGGAGGGAGGCAAACCGAAUCUGGUUCAACAAAGACUAGAGUCCUCGUUUAGCCUUGCCCCCUUUAAAUAACACAUACUGUACUGUUGGCAAUUUUUUCUGUGGGGGGUGUGAGAUUUUUUUUUGUCAACUCCCUGCUGAUGAUGACGACCACCCUUGUUUUAUGAAAAUAAAUAUUUCGCUACCUGCCGUGGUGCGGAUUUGUGUGUGUGUG